AGCAAUUUGUUAAGAACACAGACAGGAAAUCCAUGGCGAGUUGCAGCUUGGCUUCGGCUGCAUCAGGGUUGGUGACACCUAAUGUUGUCACCUCCAACAACAACAACACCACACAGAGGACUAGCAUGCUGAUGUUCUCUUCCAAGAACACAUCCUUCCCUAGGCUUGUUGUUAGGGCCUCUGAAGAGACUGCGCCGCCGGCUGCAGCCACCACAACCGCCGCCCCCGAAGGUGGGGAGGCUCCUGCUCCUAAGGCUGCCAAGCCACCACCGGUUGGACCCAAAAGAGGAGCCAAGGUGAGAAUUCUGAGGAAGGAAUCUUACUGGUACAAGGGUGUUGGAUCAGUUGUUGCAGUUGAUCAGGACCCUAAGACUCGCUACCCGGUGGUUGUGCGGUUUAACAAGGUGAACUACGCAAAUGUGUCAACCAACAACUACGCAUUGGAUGAAGUUGAAGAAGUUGUAUGAGUCAUGUUUUGAUGUUGUAACGUCGCGUCUUGUGUGAUUAUAUAUUCUCAUGCUUAAUGGCUAGUUCUAUUCUAAAUGGUGUAUCAUACUUAUCAGCAGUGGCUUCCCUCUCUUUCCCA